GCGGUCCGUGGUUCCUCCUCGGCCUCUCCGCUCGCCUGCGACAUGGACAUCGCUAUCCACCACCCCUGGAUGCGCCGCCCCAUGGGCUUCCCGUCGCUCUUCCCUCCUCGCCUUUUCGACCAGAGGUUCGGUGAGGGGCUGCUGGAGACCGACUUGAUGUCAGCCACGCUCUGCCCUUAUUACAUGCGAAUGCCCAGCAUGCAGAUGCCGAACCUGCCGAUGCCGAACUUGCCGGACACGGGGUUGUCGGAGGUGAAGAUCGACAAAGACAAGUUCUCUGUCUUGCUGGACGUGAAGCAUUUUUCACCCGAGGAGUUGAACGUGAAGGUGGUGGGUGACCACAUUGAGGUCCAUGCCAAGCAUGAGGAGCGUCCGGAUGAGCACGGCUACAUCUCCCGGGAGUUCCACCGCCGCUACAUGAUCCCCAAGGGGGUAGAUCCAGCGGCCAUCGUCUCGGCACUGUCUCCGGACGGUGUGCUCUCUAUCACUGCACCCACGACCCCGGCCGUUCCCGCGCUGGAGCGCAGCAUCCCCAUCAGCCGCCAAGACAAGCCUGCCGUCACGGGGAAGUAAUAAGGCAAGCAGCCGUGGCUUGCUUUUGCUCUCAGUUGUUGCCAGAAGCCAGCAUCUGGGGCCUGCUGUCCCUCCGCUUGUAGCCGCAACGGCAGUUCGCUCAUAAGCCUUCCGAGACAUUUCUUUCCCCGCCGCACUUCCUGCUCUGAUAGCGGAGACCUGUCGCCUUAAGGGUGGUGACCUUUCGGGGCCAUUUCCCCGCACUUGAGUAGGAUCUUCCAGGAGUAGAGAGCAAGCCUUUUCUUCCGGCUAGGAGUAUCCCUGUUGCAGGCUUCCUCUGUACCACUGUUCAUGCUGACCUCCUUGCUUUGUAUGACUAUGACUGACCUGGUGUCCAUGUAUUUGCUCAAAAACUCGAUGUCAUCUGAUGGAUACUUGCUAAUAAAGAUGAAGUCACUGA